AUGUCGUACGUGCUGGAGCCUCCCCAGGGUCGCCUAUUCGUCUCGUCCCGUGGCAGUGCUCAAUGCCCCCAGCCCUAUCGUCACGAUUCACCCUCCCCCGAACGGGGCACAGACCUGCAGGUGAACCUGGACAUGGGUCCAGCAUGGGGACUCGCUUCGAACAAACUCUCCCGGGUCUGA